AUGCAGGCUGACGUGGGUAGCGAAAGCCAGUUGGAGGAGAAGGCCCACGUGGAAGGACACAUUGCCCAGCAGAGGCGCCGUAUCCUGACGGAGCAUCGCUUUCCGCCAUCCUGGCGCGUGGCGUGGCUGGCCCAAUUCUGCCACGGCUUCACCAUCACGCUCGACAUCGUGCUGCGCAAAAAGCUGGAGGCCGACUCGCGCUACGGUCCCGCCAUCGCCGAGGCUGUUGGUGACGUCAAGGAAGUGGGCGGCAUCAUGGGAUUCGUGCUCGGAAGCGUUCUCGUUCAGGCGGCUGGGCGCACCAAGGGACUCUACUACUACGGCGUAGGCGUCAUCAUCGGCACGCUGGCGACCGUGCUGUCCACACUGCUGCCUGCGCUGCCAACGGGGUUCCUGAUCUGCGUGUUCCAGGCCGUGUCGGGCGUGUUCGUCGCCAUGGGCAGCCUGAGCGCCCACGUCUACCUGACCGAGGUGGCGCCCGACGACGACCGUGGCGCGGUGGUGGGCAUCCAGCACUGCUUCUACCUGCUCGGUCGCCUGGUCGCCGUCGUGUUCCCGCACGCGCUGCCCUGGCAGUGGCUCGCCGUCCUCUCCCUGGCACCGUACGUGCUGCUGGUCUCCGUCAUGAGCUGGGUCGUCGAGUCCCCGCGAUGGUUGCUGCAGGUCGACCGCCCGACGGACGCCCAGCGCGCCUACGAGCUCUUGGGCAUCCUGCUGACGGGCGACGAGUGCGCCAUCUUGGCCAUCCGCACACAGCGCCUGCACACACCGCUCAGGGCCGUCGUCUGCUUCAUGUUCGUCUACUGGCUGCGGAUGCUUGGCGGACCCAUGGGCAUGCAGAAAUACCAAGACCUGCAGCUGGUGGGCGGCAGGGACGUCUUCUACGGCCUCAAGGACGUCGUAAUGGUCAUCUUCCAGAUCUCCAUCAUGCCGGGCAUCAUCUUCCUGGCGGACGCCAUCGGCCGUCGAUUCCUGCUGUACAUCUCUUCGAUGCUUAUCACGAUAAUACUGCCGGUGAGCGCCUACCUCGUCCAGCGCAUAACCCUCGCCGAGACGCUCGUCGAGAACGCCAUCUACGAGCGGGCCAUCAUAUGCGCUGCCCUGUGCUCCGUGGUGGCCUACUCUGUGGGCCUGGGACCCGUCUCGAUCCUGGUGUGCACCGAGAUACUGCCGCCCCGGCGCCACGGUCUGCUGGCAGGUCUCACGUACGCCGUCGACCGCACCCUGUUCUUCGCGUUCCGCUGGUCCCUGCGUUCUACCUCCUAUCAGGUUUGGUACUUCAUCGCCGCGGGCGCGUCGGCAGGGUUCUCACUAGUGGUUCUCAUGCGGUUGCUGCCGGAGACGAAGCAGCUGGCCCUGGACAGGAUCCCGAACCUGUUCAGCGACGACCCCCGCGUGCGCGCCGCCGCAGCGGUAGCUCAGCAGGAAGCCGGAGGAACGCACGCGCUCGCGCUCGCGAAGGCUUCGCGCCAGUUCCCGCUCAGGGACUUCGCCGACACGUACGCUCUGGCCGCCGCCAAGGAGGAGAGCCACACGAGUUCGUCGCAGCGUGAAUGA